AUGUCUAACAAAUCUCAGCCAUUGAUCACUGUUGUUGGUGCAGGUAUUUCUGGUUUGUACGUCACGUACUGUUUGACCGAAUUGUACGGCGUUCCGGGUGAAAAUAUCUGCAUUGUGGCAGAUUACUUACCAGGUGACCAGUCACCCACUGGUUAUACUAGUCCAUGGGCAGGUGGUGUUUGGUCUUGUAUUUCACCUGAUGAUAAAAACGUCAUGUGGUAUGAUAGGUUCACGUAUGAGAAUUUACCUACUUUAAGUGAAAAAUUACUGGAUUUCUACAAGGGUAAAGAUGCAGAGUGGUUAGGAUUAGCUCGCAGACCAUCCACGGAAUUAUGGGAUUACCAGCCUCCCAAGGCCAAGAUUAAUUCCUUGAGCCAAUAUUUGGAAGAGUAUAAGGUCCUAUCGAAGGAAGAACUUGCAAAAUUCAAACCUGAGGGAGCCCAAUUUGGUAUCGCUUUCAACUCAUGGAACUUCAAUUGUCCAGUAUUCAUAGUAAACUUGGCUAACUUCUUGAAACAGAAGCAUAAUGUGCGUUUCUUGAAGCAAAAGUUGACUCAUAUCGCACAAGCAAAAUCGUUUGCCAACAAAGCUUCUAAAACUGAUAACGGUACUCACGUUGUCUUCAAUUGUACUGGGCUAGGCUCCAAGAAGUUGAGUGGUGUUGCUGAUCAUAACUUGUACCCUACUAGAGGCCAAGUGGCCGUAAUCAGUGCUCCUCACAUUGCUGAGAGUUGUUUGAGAUAUGGUAAAGAUUAUGUAACUUACAUUAUUCCAAGGCCUGGCAAAGUGCAUGAAUUAGUUCUUGGAGGUUUCUUACAAGUUGAUAAUUGGAAUGCACAGGACACUUCCAAGGAAGAAACUGAUGAUAUCUUGAAAAGAACCACAACUUUACUACCCAAGAUUGGUAAUCCAGAGAAUUUACCAAUUUUAAAGAUAGCGGCUGGGCUUCGCCCAAGCAGAUAUGGUGGUCCUCGUGUCGAGAAAGAGAUUAAGGAAGAAAGCGAACACCUAGUUGUGGUUCAUAACUAUGGAGCCUCCGGGUAUGGUUACCAAUCUGGUCUCGGUAUGGCCUUCAAGGCGGUCUCAUUAGCUUUUGAUAAGCAAAGACCCAGCAAAUUAUGA